ACCCGUUAGGCAAGACUGCACACUGCAAGCGGCCCAUGUUCAAGUCAGAAGAACCUGGAAGCACCUUUUGAAGUUUGUCCUUUGCAAGCAGGGGCGACACAAUUCAACAUCUUGCAACAGAUAGAAACCCUAAAAGCACUCUGACAUCGGGGAGUCAAGCAAAGCGGGUGCUCCUCGCGUGAUUUGAGGGGUUAUUUGUCAGCUGUUAGGUGGAAGCUACAGAAGAAGAAAAUACCACCAUGGAGGACCCGGCCAAGGAGAUACCGGGCAUCAUCCAGGCCAUUGUGCAGAAUGAGGACCUGAAGCGGCAGGAAGAGACAGUUUCUAAAUACUUUUCAGAGUCCGCUAUCUUGGAUCAUAUGGUCGUCUUUUGCAAAAAUCGUGAAGAGAUUCUAGCAGCAUACCAGAUCUGGGUAAUGUCCAACCACAGCCUCCGCGCCACAAUCCACCAAGUGGCGUACAAAGAGGACGAGGAGUACAUAAUGGUGCGCAUGACACAGUACGUCCGCAAGUGGUGGAACCCCUUUGAGGAGAAAGGAAUGCCCAUGAUGGUCUUCUUCAAGCUGGAGGAUGCACCCAGCAGCACAGGGCGGGAGCACCGCAAUGGCACAGCUGCAGGCGGAACUCGGCGAAAGCGCAUUGCCUUUCAACAAGACUGCCACACCCUCGAUCCCAUCCUCGUCAACAUCCCCGUCCUGAACCUGAUUGCCUACGGGCGGUUCGGCCUUCGCACCCUCCUCACAAUGACCAGCACCAUCACUAUCAAAGUACUGCAAGCUACAAUUGGAACGGAAACGAUUACCUAUACUGCCAAAUCAGCGUACAAGCUACUGGGAUUAACGUAGCUAGUAGAAGUUCAGGCAUAUCCAUAACUCGCACACUCGAAGAGUUUUUCAUUCCCUCAUUGAAACGGUCUUUGAGACCAUACGAGAAUCGCUUUCAUCCUUAAUCAAAACGCUUUUAAGGUCGUACCUGCCGGUUGAGAAUGCCUCAGCCGGGUUUGAGAUGAACAUCUCGUCUUCAUGUUCGUUUCCACUUAGAGCGAUCUGGGCGGCG